AAGGGCAGCCACAGCAUGCCGUACGAGUCGAUGCACCAUCAUCAGUCGGCGGCCGCUGCCGUGGCCGCCGGCGUAGCGCCAAAUAGCAUGCUGGACUCGCUUAGCAUGCAGCUGCGCGAUGCGGAAAUGCGGCGCACCGAGAUCGAGCGGGCGCAUCAGGAAACUCUGGCACAAAUACGCAAUUUAAGCGGAUGCGCUCGACCCGACACCGAGGCCGUGGAGAAUCUGCAGUCGCGUGCUCGUGAGCUGGAAAAGAAGGUGGCGCUGGAGAACGUGCGCUGCGAGGAGCUGCAGAUCGAGCUAACCGCCGCGCUCAAAGCCAAGGCAGGGCGGCCCAGUAACCAGAACAUGGCCAAUUGCCCCCCAACAUCAACCGCAGCAGCGCAACAUGGCCAAUAUCCAUGCUCAAGUAUACCAACUUCUGCAAGCAGCUCCACCGUCACAUGGGCACCGACAAUCAGCCACCAGGACCAAGGCUCCGAGAUCGAUAUAAUAAUGGCCAAGAUUGAGCAGGACAAUCGCGUUUUGGCCGAGCUGGAACAACCGCGCACCUCGGCCAGCGCCAGCAUGUCAGCCUUGCAAAGCAUGCCGCCCAGCUCCAUGAUGAAUACGGGAAACAGCGAAUUUAGAACCAUAUCAAAGAGUGAACUUGAAGAAGAACUGAAUCGAUACAAACGCGCCGUAUUGGGCGGCGCAUCGGGUGGCGGCGUGUCCGCCCUAUCGUCCGGCUACUCGAGCCUGCCGCAAUCGCUGGCCUCCACGCUGGGCAACGGCGCUAGCACCAGCCUGAGCGGCACGAGCGUUGGCUCGCAGAGCGCUGCUGCCGCCGCCGCGGCGGGUGUUGGUGGUGGCGGCGGUGGUGUUGGCGGCGCUGGUGGCUUAUCAUCCAUAUCGGCCCUGAUGCCCAACUCAAUCAGCGGCAUAUCCUCGAGUCUGAGCAGUCAUGCCCUGCAAUCAAUGAACGCGUCGGCGUACGGCGGCGGCCAGACCUCCGUUGAGAAGCUGCUGAGUGGAACUAGUGGAAUAACUGGCAUUCCACCAUUGCCGGUAAAUAUUCACACGAUGAAGGCUAUGCCAACGGCAUUAAGUCAGAGCACAACCAUGCCCCUCCUGUCACUCAACUCGCAUAAUCUGCCGCCUGGCGGCUCGACCAGCUACUCGGCCCUGGGCCUGAGCGGCGGCAGCGGCGUAGUCGGCUCCUCGCUGACCCAUCCCACCAUGAGCAACAUCAACAUGCUCGACACGAGCGCCCUGCUUGGCCUGGGACCGGCCGGCGGUGGCAUCACUGGCGCCACAUCUCUCUACGGCCUGAGCGGUGGCGCCACCGGCGCCCUGGGCAGCACCUAUGGCCCGCCGUUUAUGGAUGCUGCAUCGAGCGCCUCGUAUCCAUUCACGUCGGCCGCACUGCGCCAGGCCACCAAGAUGAAAAUGCUGGACGAGAUUGAUAUACCGAUGACGCGCUAUGGCAAUCGCAGCUCACCGUGCUCGCCCAUUCCCGUGGGCCACAGCAGCUGGGGCCUGGACGAGUUCACCGAUGGCCUGGGCGCCUCCCUCAUGCACAAUCGCAGCGGCCUGGCGCUGGGCGCCCUUGACCUGGACACUCGCAAUCAUGGGCUGAACGGCGCCAGUGAGCCGCAGGUUGACAUGUUGGACAUACCUGGCAAGGGACGCUGUUGCGUCUUCAUUGCGCGCUUUCCCUAUGAUCCGCCAGAGGAGGCUGAGGGCGAGCUGUCGCUCUGCGCCGGCGACUAUUUGCUGGUGUGGACCAGCGGCGAGCCGCAGGGUGGCUAUCUAGAUGCUGAGCUCUUGGAUGGACGACGCGGCUUAGUGCCCGCUUCGUUUGUGCAGCGACUUGUGGGCGACGAUCUGCUGGAGUUCCAUCAGGCGGUGUUGUCCACAUUGCGCGACGCCGAGGAUGGCUCCAUGCAGUGCGACACAACGUCGCUGCCUUCCUUGCCGCCGCACAACCCAUUGCUCACACACACGCACGAGGAACUGGCACGUUUGAGUGAGACGCACACCGAUCUGGAGCACGACCAGGACGACAUUAGCGAUAAUGUUCCAGCUCCGAAGCACUUGACGCUGGAACGGCAGCUUAACAAGAGCGUGCUCAUUGGCUGGUCGCCACCGGAGCCGGUGGGCUACAAUCUGAUUGACAGCUAUCACGUCUAUGUAGAUGGUGUGCUCAAGGUCACGGUGAAGGCCAACGAACGCACACGCGCUCUGAUUGAGGGCGUCGACUCCACGCGGCCGCAUCGCAUCAGCGUGCGGAGCGUUACGCAAACCCGUCAGACGUCCAGGGACGCCGCCUGCACAAUGAUCAUUGGGCGAGACACUUCGCACUUGGGCCCCUCGGCGGUGCGCGCCUCGCACAUAACGUGUUCCUCGGCGGUUAUCUCAUGGCUGCCAGCCAACUCCAACCACCAGCACGUGGUGUGUGUGAACAAUGUGGAGGUGCGCACCGUCAAGCCGGGCAUGUAUAGGCACACAAUAACCGGGCUCGCGCCCAGCACCCAAUACCGGGUGACUGUGCGCGCCAAGCACUUGCGUGCGGUUGGCCAGCAGACGCCGCAGGCACCGGGCCGACCCGGGCAGGAGGAAGCACCCGGCGCCUAUGCCGAUUUUCGCACACUGACCAAAGGCUUGCCUGAUCCCCCACAAGACAUCCAAUUGGAGGCUGGUCCUCAGGAUGGCACCAUUCUGGUGACAUGGCAGCCGGUUAACCGACCCACGUCCACGGGGCCCGUAACCGGCUACGCUGUGUACGCCGAUGGUAAGAAGGUGACCGACAUCAACUCACCUACGGGCGAUCAUGCACUCAUCGACAUCGGCAAGCUGGGCGUCUUCAAUCCCCGGGCCGUCACCAUACGCACCAAAUCUCGCGAUUCACAGUCGGCGGACAGUGCACCCAUCUUAAUACCAAACAACGUGCGCAAUGCUGUCGCUCGCCGGGGACCAAAUCAAAUGGGCAUGGGUCCGCAGCUGCCGCAGCAGGGGCUCCACGGCAUGCCCAUGCAGCAGCAUCAGGGCAUGCCCGGACAGCAGCCGCUCAUGGGGGUCGGCCAGCAGGAUCACACGCAGUACGAUCCCAAUCAGAUGCAGCAACAGCAGCAGCCGGGCCAGCUGCCGAACCAGCAGCCGGGUCAGGCCCAGCCGGGUCAUCAGCCCGACGGAAGCUCCGGCUUGUUAGGUGGCCUGCUCGGUGGCCUCUUCUCGAAACCCACACAGAGUCAAGUGAACCAGAAUGGCUAUCCGCCGACUGCACCACAGCGCGGCAUGGUGCCAGGACGACCCCAGGGACCACAGCAGCAGCAGCAACAGCAGCAACAACAGCUGCAGCAGCAGCAGCAGCAGUACGGAGCGCAGGGAGCACGCUUUCGUGGCCCAGUGCCGGGCCAGAUGCAAGGUCAGAUGCACGGCAUGCAGGGUCAGAUGGCCGGACAAAUGCAGGGUCAGAUGCCCGGCCAAAUGCCUGGCCAGAUGCAGGGGCACAUGCAAGGUCAGAUGCAGGGUCAGAUGCAGGGUCAGAUGCAGGGUCAAAUGGCGGGCCAACUGCCUGGCCAAGUGCAGGGUCCGCGUGGUGCCCUCACCCAGCAACAGCAGCAGCAACAACAGCAGCAGCAACAGCAGCAGGCGCAGCAGGGCCAAAUGCUGCCCGGCCAGCAAGUGGGGCCGCAGCAGCAGCAGCAAAUGCCCGGGGCGCAGAAGAAGCCGCGCUACUUUGUGGCCAUGUUCGACUACGAUCCAUCCACAAUGAGUCCUAAUCCAGAUGGGUGCGACGAAGAGCUGCCCUUCCAAGAGGGCGACACAAUCAAGGUGUUUGGUGAUAAGGACGCCGACGGCUUCUAUUGGGGCGAGCUGCGCGGCCGUCGCGGCUACGUGCCGCACAACAUGGUCAGCGAGGUGGAGGACACCACUGCCCAGAUGACCGGCGGGCAGCCAACUGUAGGGGGCACCGGCCAGGUGAUGCCCGGCCAGAAUGCGCCGCAGCAGAGCAUGCGUAAUGUGAGCCGCGAUCGCUGGGGCGACAUCUAUGCGAAUAUGCCGGUGAAGCGAAUGGUCGCCCUCUACGACUACGAUCCCCAGGAGCUAAGUCCGAAUGUGGAUGCCGAGCAAGUGGAAUUAUGUUUCAAGACGGGUGAGGUCAUACUCGUUUAUGGUGAUAUGGAUGAAGAUGGUUUCUACAUGGGCGAACUGGACGGUGUUCGGGGCUUGGUGCCAUCCAAUUUUCUGGCCGAUGCGCCCGAUCAGUACAACAAUCAAAUGGGACCUGGCGGCGCCGCCGGGCGUGGCAGUCUCGCUCAACGGGGCAGGGGUCAGGGGCCCGGGGCCAGAGGGCCGCCGCCGCCGCCCCGCGACAACAUGAUGCCCGGCGUGGCUGGGCAGCGCGGCGCACAAGGCAAAAAUGCUCGCCCUGCUUCCCCUACACUGUUAGACAACACGGGCCACCCUGCCCCCGAUCACCAAACGCAGAUGAUCGGUCGCGUUGGUAAUGUUGGCAUGCAGCAGCAACAACUCCAGCAGCAGCAGCAGCAGCAACAGCAACAACAGCAACAACCUUAUGGUCAGCAACAGACGCAAAUGGGACAACAGCAGCAGCAGCAGCAGCAGCAACAGCAACAGCAACAAAUGGGCAUGGGACAAAGUGGAAUGAUGGGAAUGGGCCAACAGCCAAUGGGCAUGAUGGGCGGACAGACGCAGCAACAGCAGCAAAUGGGACAACAGAUGGGCGGCAUGGGCGGCAUGGGUCAAAUGGGACAGAUGGGACAAAUGGGACAGAUGGGACAAAUGGGAAUGGGUCAGCAGCAGCAACAGGUGCCUGUGACGACGCAGGCGCCAACGGGCGGACUCUUCUCGGGGGCAACUAGCCUGCUCUCUGGUGCUACUUCGGCUGCCACCGGUGGUCUAUUUGGUUCGAAGCAACCGCCCAAAACGGAUCCAAUGCAACCACCUGGCGGUGUGCAGCCAACGCAGCAACAAGCAAACGCCUUCGGUGCCCAGCAGAUGACGCCGGGCAUGCAGCAGCCCGGGAUGCAGCAACAGCCGGGCAUGCAGCAACAACCCGGCAUGCAGCAACAGCCCGGCAUGCAACAACAACAACAACAACAACAACAACAACAGCAGCAGCAGCAGCUAGUAGUAGACAGUCAGCACCAGCAUGUGCCCAAGCAGCAACUGCAUCAGGGCCAGCCUCAGGCACAGCCGACACAACAACAACAACAGCAGCAGCAGCAGCAGCAACAACAACAGCAACAGUCAGCUCAAUUAGAUCCAAGCCAGCCGCAGCAGCCGCUUUACCAAAUUGUGCAACAAGGUGUGCCACUGCCUGCCAACGUACAGCAGCCGCAAACUUCGCCCGUGGUUUUGAGCUCACCAGGUGUAAUGGAGCAGCAGGCGCCUACGCCACUGCAGGCAACUCCAAAGACGGAUGCAUCGCCAGCGCCCAAUAUUGCCGUGGGUUCCAGCAGCAGUAGCAGUGUCACGCCCACUGGCAUUAUUGCUAACACAUCCACAACAGCAGGCACGGGCAGUGCUGCUGCUGGGUCAGACAAGUCGACGCCAGUGACCAGCGCUGCUGGCAACGGAUCGACCACAGCCACUGGCGCCGGCACAGGCACGGGCACCAGCACUAGCACCACUCCGAGCAGUGCAACGCCUGUCGUGAAGAAGCAUGUGCUGAAUCCAUCGGCCAAGCCAUUCACGCCGCGUGGACCUAGUACACCAAAUCCAUCGCGACCACAUACGCCACAGACUCCGGUACCCAUGCCGGCCAUCUACACGACUACGGGCGCCCACAUGGCGCCGGCUAAUCCGCAGAUCUACAUGGUGCAGCAGCAGCCGCAUGCAUUCCAGGCACCCACACAUCCAGGCGGCCAGGCGCAGCGCCUGCGUCGCAAUAAUUAUGGUCAAAUGGGUGGAUCGCAAAUGCAUGUUGCAAGCGCAACGGGACAGCCACUGAUGGCCGCGGCACCGUUGCAACAGUUCAUUCAAUACCAGCAAACUCCGCAUCCACCACAUUUCCAGCCGCCAUAUGGCGCGAUGCCGAUACGCAUGUAUCAGGACCAGCCACAACAGUUACAGUUUUUGACACAGACAACGCCAUCGACGACGCCAUCGCCGGGUCAACCGCAUCCGACGUUUCAUCCGCCCCCACAGCCUUCCCCUGCUGGCGGGGGACCGCAGCCCGCAGCAUUCCCAGGCCAAGGACAGCCAACAUACCAAUUGAUGUGCGUACAUCCCCCGCAGAUCAUGGCCAAUCCCUACUUCCCGGGAACAACGCCGCAGAAUCCGCCGCAGAAUCAACAGUAUCAGAUUGUAAUGCAGCCGCAUAUCACGCAGUAAACUGCACGAUUCUCAAUGGAAGCAUUCGCGGCUGACGUCACAGUGGAAUCAAACAUCAGCGUCAAAAUCUCAUAGCCCCUUUUCGCCCCACACCAACACCACAUUCACACCCACACUCUCACCAACACCCAUACAUGCACAGCAACACGCCACGUCAGAUACACAAACACACACAUAUAUACACAAACAAAGCAUAUACACGAAAAUUCACAUACACACAUUUCUGCAACCAAACUGAUGAUUCUUUGGGAUUGCCUGGACAAAUUGAGCUCCGAUCAGUUGUAUACAUCACGCCAAGCCAUCAUACUGUCACUGUGAGGUGCUUCACCCUAAGGCAACCAUCAUACUUAUAUGCAUCGCAAGUGAAACAGCAACACAAACAACAACUAGGAAAUUAUACAAUAUAUUUAACAAACAACAAAAGGGAAACUAGUGAAUUUGUCUACAGUGCUCGAUAGCCAAACAAACAAACAAAGACAAAUCAGUACGUAGUUAUCAAAAAAUCUGCAGGAAUAACGCUGCAUUAAGAGAAGCUUAAUAGUUCUCAUUACUGAUUUCCGAAUAUCCAAUCUCACAUGCGUCUCCUUUGGCAUCGAGCUGUCUGUACCAAGCCCCGUAAAUCAACCAAAUCCAAUUGAUUGAAAGUGUGCAGUUAAACAAAACAACAACAAAGUGAAAUGAUAAAAAAUAAAAUCAAUUCAGAAAUCUGAACUGAAGGUAAACACGUGAAGCCCUUUUAAAAACAGAAGAACUAAUUGGAAUUUUUUUGUAAAAUUUGCUUAAAGCGAAUAUUUUGAAUUUACUUCCGUAAUAAGAGAAUGUAGGCCUUGGCGUACACGUAUUUACACAAUAGAGGAGUCCACGGAGCGAGCAAUCGAUAACACGAAGAGACAUUAAGAUCCAAAGUCCUCAUUCCAAAAUUACAUACAAUCCAAGCUAAAUGUUAAAGCUCUGUAAUUGGAAUAUUAUAUAGUACAUACAUAGCAUUCAUUGUGGAAUAAGUACUUUUUUUUAUAUAUAUAUCUUAUCAGAUUCCACUUUGAAUCCUCUACACAACUUUUGCUUGGUUUGCUGAAAAAAA